AUGGAACCUUCAAUUUCUUCAUGGCUAUUCAGAAUCUUCAUCACCUUUUUCAUUUGCUUUCUGGGGUUUGCUUCUUCGGAUUCUUCUCGUAUGCCUACUAUUACUAUGAACUCUACAGCUGAGUUUCAGAACCACACCGCGAUAUCGGAGUUUCGGAUACUGAACAGAAAGGCUUUGGGUGAUUGUCCUGAUCCAAACCCUUAUCUCCAAAUCAACGUCAGCUCCAAAUCUGGCCUCUCCGACGAAGAAUAUGUCUCUGUUACUCUGAGCGGAGUCUUGGUUCCUGCCGAUAGUGAUUGGGUUGCCAUGAUCACACCUGCUCAUUCUGAGGUUUCAAGUUGUCCUUUUAAUGGUAUUCAAUAUCAGCAGACUGGAGAUUUAAGCAAACUUCCUCUUCUCUGCCAUUAUCCUGUAAAGGCGCAGUAUGUAAGCAAUGAUCCAGAUUACCUGAGUUGCAAGAAGAAGGAAUGCAAGAAAUAUAGAAAUGGUGUGUGUGUUUUAACCACCUGCAGUGCCUCCUUAAAAUUUCAUGUCAUCAACUUCAGAACAGACAUUGAGUUUGUGUUCUUCGCCGGUGGAUUCGAGACGCCUUGCAUUUUGAAGAGAUCUAACGCAUUGAGUUUUAACACUCCGAAAAUGCCAUUGUAUGGACAUCUCUCAAGCAUUGAUUCAACCGGAACAUCGAUGAGAUUGACAUGGGUCAGUGGCGAUAAAGAACGUCAACAAGUUCAAUAUGGAGAUGGCAAGUCUCAGACAUCAGCUGUUACUACAUUUUCACAACAUGACAUGUGCAGUUCAAUUCUACCAAGUCCGGCUAAGGAUUUCGGGUGGCAUGAUCCGGGCUACAUUCAUUCAGCAGUGAUGACUGGACUCCAGCCUUCAACCACUGUCUCAUACAAAUAUGGAAGUGAUUCAGCUGGUUGGAGUAACCAAAUCAAGUUCAAAACUCCACCUGCCGGAGGAUCAGAUGAAGUCAAAUUUCUUGCAUUUGGUGACAUGGGAAAGGCUCCCCGUGAUGCUUCUGCCGAACACUAUAUUCAGCCAGGAUCGUUAUCUGUGAUCAAAGCCAUGGCGGAUGAAGUAGCUUCUGGGAGUAUAGACUCAAUAUUUCACAUAGGGGACAUAAGCUAUGCCACUGGAUUCCUAGUAGAAUGGGACUUUUUCCUACAGCUUAUCAGCCCUGUGGCUUCUAAACUUUCUUACAUGACAGCCAUUGGAAAUCAUGAGAGGGAUUACAUGGAGUCGGGAUCAGUUUAUGAGACCCCGGACUCAGGUGGGGAAUGUGGAGUUCCUUAUGAAACUUAUUUUCCCAUGCCAACACCUGCAAAAGAUAAGCCAUGGUAUUCUAUUGAACAAGGAAGUGUUCACUUCACAGUUAUUUCUACAGAACACGACUGGUCUAAAAAUUCAGAGCAGUAUGAAUGGAUGAACAAGGAUAUGGCAGCAGUCGACCGAUCAAAAACUCCUUGGCUAAUAUUUACAGGCAUGGAUUUUUGGUAUGAAAAGAGCAAUUUUAAGACUUCAAUGGUUCCAUCAAGGCACAGGCCUAUGUAUAGUUCCUCUGAAGGCCUCAUCCUUCCAAGUGUCGACGAUAAAUUUGUUGAAGCCGUAGAGCCAUUGCUAUUAGGCAACAAGAAACAAUGCAAGGCAAUGCCCAAGAAAGAUGAAAAUGGGAUAGACACAUAUGAUAACACCAACUACAGUGCACCAGUUCAUUCAAUUAUUGGAAUGGCCGGCUUUACUUUGGACAAGUUCCCUGCUGGUGCUGAUAGUUGGAGUUUGUCACGGAUCUCUGAAUUUGGAUACGUUAGAGUACAUGCAACACAGGAAGAAUUGAAAUUUGAGUAUGUGAAUGCAAAUACAAGGAAAGUUGAAGAUAGCUUCCGGAUCACCAAAAGCCAAAGGACAUAG